AUGCUCCUGCACGGUGCAGGUGGUUCGGCGCAUGCCAAUGUGCCGCUGCAGCCCAGCCGUCCCGCACGGGGGACCGCACGGGCGAAGCCGCAGGCAAGAGGGCCGGGCCUCAACCUGGCCCAGUCGGCAUUGGGGACGCUGGCUUUGAUGCGGGUGGCCAAAGUUGCCACCCGCGCGACCGGCACUGCCGCCUCCACCGCCGUUCCCAGCGUGCUGCGCUACUUCCGCUUUCACUCGGAGCUGCCACACCCCGUGCCUGCACGGCGAAGUUAUGUCGAGCGGCGGCCGGGCUCUGGAUGGCCAGAGCAAUGCCCACCCAUGCAGGCAGCCUCUGCAUUCGGCUGGGAUGUUAUCAAUCCCUUUGAGAUCCAGUUUGACCCUGGCAAGGAGGGUUGGGAGAUCCACAGCUCGGUGGAAGUGGGCGGCGGAGAUCUCGAGGAGCGCGGAGAUAUUGGAGCCUUCGACCAGGACAACUGCUGGCAGUGGGACCCGAAUCAGGUGCUGCCUCACCGCAUCUCUCCCCAAGUUUAUCCGGAGAUACGGAAUCAGGCCAAAGUGUCCACGUACUUGUACCUGCAGACUCCUCCAGGGUGGGCCGUCUUGAUGAGCGAUGUUCCCAAUUUGAAGCGACGCUUCCGUAUCUUGAGUGCGAUGAUUGACACCGACUGGUACUUUCCGGCACACCCCUGGCACGCAGUCGUUGAACUGCCAAGGACUGCCACUGGCGAGCCAAUCGUGUUGAAGAAGGGUGAGCCGCUCUGCAGGCUGACGCCAGUCAGCCGCGGAACAUACGCAGCCCGUGAGAUGAGGCCAGAGGAGUUCAAGAAGCUCUACUACCGUGGCCAGGCCUGGCUGGAUGAGAAUGGGAGACCAUCCGAGGAUCCGGAGGCAGAGGAGGGCGUCCUGGACAUCCGCGGAGCCUAUGCGAGGGACCAGCGGUCUGUGGAUUUCGAGGCGAGGUGUGGGAUUUUAGCUUCAACGACUGAAGCAAUGUGCACAGCUUGA